AUGCGCCUCAACUGGGACACGGUGCUCGUGGGCAAGCGCGUCGUGCUCGUGCCCUACCGCGAGCGCUACGUGGCGCCCUACCACGCCUGGAUGCAGGACGACGCGCUGCUCGAGCAGACGGCGAGCGAGCGGCUCACCCUCGCCGAGGAGCGCGCGAACCAGGCGAGCUGGCGCGACGACGACACGAAGCUGACCUUCAUCGUCCUCGCGCGCGAGGCCUGCUUCGGCGGCGACCGGUUCCCCGCGGCGGCCAUGGCGGGCGACUGCAACCUCUUCCUCGACCGCGACGGCGCGCCGGAGGCCGAGGUCGAGGUCAUGGUCGCCGAGCGCAAGUUCCGGCGCCGCGGCUUCGGCGCCGAGGCCGUGGAGCUCCUCCUCGCCUACGCGUCGCGGGAGCUCGACGUCCGCCGCUUCUUCGCCAAGGUCGGCGACGCGAACGGCCCGUCGCGGCGGCUCUUCGAAGGCACGCUCGGCUUCGAAAAGUGCAACUACGUCGCCGCGUUCAAGGAGACGGAGCUCGAG